GUGAUUGUCAACUCAGGUGUGCAGUUAGAAAAUAAACAAACCAUUGAAAUCCGACUUGGACAAAAAGCAUGUUAUUGCAAAAAUGUGUUGGAAUAUAUGGAAGUGAUCGAGAGGGCAUAAGAGUGAUGGCUUGAAGAGGAGUUUUGCUGGUGAGAGGAAGAUAUUUCUCAGGGAUAUUUAUUUUUCCGAACUUGUAAACAAUGGAGGCCACAAAAAGAAGGGAAAGACGCAGGGAAGACGGCCAUGGAAGCCAUCACCAUCGACAUUCACGGGAAAACAAUAAUUAUGAUUUUGAUUUUAACGACAUCAGUCGAGCUUCGACCCCAACAAGCCAGUUCAGCUCGAGAUCUGAGGGUCGCAAAAAGGAGCGAGAACAUAAGUACUCGGUCGAUGAUUAUAAGCGUAAGAUCGCUAGGCUAAAAAGUGAGUUGGAUCUAGAAAAAGCGAAAAGUAAAAAGGCUCAUAAAGAGAAAUCUAGUGAGCUCAGAGAGAUGCGUGAUUCAUAUGAAGUUCGGAAACAAGUCGAAAUUGAUGAACUAGAAGAUAAGAUGAAGAGAAAAUUGGAAAAAGAAAAGAAACAAUUGGAAGAAAACUUGAAAAAUAGCAUUAUGGAGGAGAAAGAUAGAGAACUUCAGGAUGUGUUAAAGUUUAAAGAAGAGGAACUAAGAGAAUUGAAGAAAAAGUUUAAGCAAGAAAAGGAUAGUGCUUUGAGAUUAGCCAUUGAUAAUGAGAAAAGAAUAAUGACCGAUAAGGAAAGAGAAAUGGUUGAUGAAAUUGAAAAGCUGAAACAAGAUAGAGAUAAGAUGGAACAACAAUAUAAGAAGAAACUUGCUGAAGAAGCUAAAAAGGAAAAGGAAUUUGCAAAAGUGAAGGAUGAAUAUGAAGGUGAAAUGAAGAGGAUUUUAAGUGAUUCUAAAAAGCUUGCUAUGGGUAACCUUGAAAAGUUGAGGAAGGCUGAAAAAGCUCUCAGUGAACAUGCAGGAGAGUCGGAUGAUGAAUUAGACGAGAUGGAAUUUAAUGAUCUUUUAGCGGAUUUACAGAUGAUGCAGAGUCAGGCAUCUAGCCGAGCAGUGAGUCGCUCAGUGUCUACGACUAGUGAACUUAAGUUUGACGAAAUAAACGCCCACAUAAACAACCUUCUGUCCUCGCCAGCCGUGACACCUGGACCCUCAGGUCAAGGUCACAUGACACCGUCUAUGCAAGGUCACAUCACACCGGGCAUCCAAGGUCAAGGUUACAUGGAGGGGCCUUCACCUUUGACCUUAAAAGGAGUGAAUGGGGAAAGCAAAAGGUCAUCGUCUGCUAUGAGCGAGCCAGCUAGGGACUUAUUUAAUCGUAAGCAGGAAGAGCGAGACCGGCAACUACAGAAGAAAGUUUCAGAACUACAGACGCAGACGCAGAGGCUUGAACGCAAGAUCGCCCUUCUUAAGACCGAAAAUGAAACACUGAAACGGAAACAGGAUGACAAAAAGCCUCUGGAGGAGAAAAUCAAAACCCUCAAAAAGCGAAAUGCCGAACUGGCAGCCAUCGCCCGAAGACUUGAAGAGAAAGCAAAACAUCUACAACAGGAAAAUGUUAAGAAAGCAAAAGAGAUGGCUGCAGCCAGCCAGGGGGCGGGACAAGUGGGCGUUCACUCUCAGGAUCAGAUGAAGAAACUGUUUGCACGGCAACGGGCAAAGGACCUUUCUGAACACGCCAAACAGAUGCUCUCCAAAGACCGAGAAAUCGAGGACCUGCGGAAGAAAUGUCAGGAGCUUGCAGAUUCACUUAGUAAUGCGGACUUCCUCGGACCUGAGAACUGCGAGAUGUACGAGGAGAAGGAGGAACUAGUUGCCAUAAUCAAACAUGCUGCCAAGGAGCGCUUGUCCAUGGAACGCCAGCUUGCCAUCGCCAGACCUGGACAGGACUCGAAGGUUGUGAGCUCGGAGCGUUAUCGAGAACUUGAGGAUACAAACGAAGUUUUGAAACAGGAAAUUGCAAAACUAGAGCGGGCACAGAGUGAUACUGAGCGAUUGGAAAUUGAGCUGACGCAGAAGAAGCUUGAGUGUGAACGCCUUAACCGAGAAGUUGAUGAGGAGAGAGUCAAAUCAAAAAAUCUUGAAGGGAAACUUGUUACCAGUCAACGAGAGCAGACUCAACUGACCAAUCAGGUGACAGGAUUGCAGACACGCCUUGUUGAGCUUGAAAAGGUGAACGAGGAAUGCAGCACCUUGAGAUUAAGCCUGAGUGAUGCUCAACAUGAGUGUGAGGUGGCGAAGAGUGAGGUGUCCGUUCUCCAGCUGAAGGUCCAGAACCUCGAAACUGUUGUUCAGAAUCUAGAAUUUUCUACAGAGAAGUUAAAACAGGUUGAAAAAGACUAUCAUGACACUGUUCAGAAACUACAGUCUAAACAACAGGAGAUUGACCAUCUACAAAAGAUCCAAGAAAGUGCCAGAGACAAGUACGAAACAGCAAUAACAUCGUUACAAAAUAAAAUUCACGGACUUGAAACGCAGUGUGAACAACAAAGCUUAAAACAGCAGGAACUGAAUGAGGAAAUCACAAAGUUACAAACACAAGCAGUGACUAAGUCUCGUAAUAUCUCUAGUGCAGAAAUUCAGACCGGAAGGAGUUUAGAAUUUGCGCCUUCAUCUACGUCAUCACCUAAUCAAUCACCACGUGCCAGUCCGGUUGUUGUGAACGGAACUUUACAAAAAUCGCCAUCACCAGUUACGCCAUCGAAAAGUUCACAACUAAAGUCUCAGACACCAUCAAAAUCACCUGCCAUCAAAUCGCCCAUUACAAAGCCAGUAUCGCCAGCUCACAGUACACCCAUUGCCAGCAAGGCCCAUAACUCUGCAAAGAACUCACAUUCAUCUGAGGUGCUAGCCAGUCAGAUCACCCCAAUUCUUCAGUCAGCUACCCGAAAGUCCAAUCAUGGCCAAGAACACUCAGAGUCUACCAAGUCUGCAGGAACUGAUACAGGUUACGCAGAUGACGAUGAUGUGAACCAGACUAGCAAUUUAUCGCCGGAUCUGGAUAAGGGUGAAUUCGAAGACCCAGAAUUGCUAGCUAUUGCUGAAAAAUUGAAAGAACUCGAAAUUCAAUCAGAUUCUGACGAAAGUUCCAAAUCAGAUAAGGGAGACGACUCUGGAAUGGAGAGCAGGGGAGAUCAGCGUGUAGAAAGAGAGGCGUCAGAAAUAUCGGUGCUAGAAAGUCGCCUGUCAGUCCUCGCUAAGAAGGGACCAAUACAAGUGUACAUUGCUAAAUAUAGCUAUGACCCUUACAAAUAUUCGCCCAAUGAAAAUCCGGAGGCGGAGUUACCCCUCAAAUCACUGGACUAUGUGCUUAUUUACGGAGAAAUGGAUGAGGAUGGCUUCUUUGAUGGAGAGUUGUUGGAUGGGCGUAGGGGAUUGGUGCCAUCAAAUUUCAUCGAAAAGGUCGCUGAGGAGGACAUGGGAGACUUCCAUGCUGCUAUGGCAAAUGCGGGACACGAAGAUGACAGUACUGCAGCAAAUAGUGUGGCCGUUCCUGACCUUGACUCUAGCGAUGACCUUGAAAAGCCAGAUGACCUUGAACAGGACUCACAAUUGCGGGGUGAUAUUACAAGUGACCUUGACAAUAUAGACGAAGAAGACGAGAACAACUUUAUCAGUAGUCAUAGACAAAGCAAGGACCUCAUACACACUGGUGCUCCAUUUCCCCGGAACCUGCAGCUGGAUCGACAGCUAGCCAGCAGUAUUCUUGUGAGCUGGCAGCCGCCUGAUAAUGUUGACCUAGCAGAUAUUCGCUCAUACCAUGUUUUCCUGGAUGGUGACUUUAAGAUGUUGGUACGGGGCAAUGAACGAACCAAAGCACUUUUGGAGAAUGUCGAGUCAAGAAAGAUUCAUCGAGUGAGUGUUCGCUGUAUCAGCUCUCAAGGGCAGUCACAUGACAACCAAUGUACCAUCCUCGUUGGAAAAGACGUGAUCCCUGCACCAUUUGAUCUGCGUGUGUUCGACAUCACGGCUAACACUGUGACGAUUACAUGGACGCCUGGUGACAGUCGCCUGCAUCACGCCAUCUUUGUUAAUAACGUAGAGGCUUGGGUCGCUAAACCGGGCGUUUUCUCUUAUACUGUAACAGGUUUAAGCCCUGCUACAAGUCAUACAGUGAAGAUUCAAGCCAAGGACAUGGCCGGCCGGUUUGACAACAAUGUGCGGGCAGAUAAACUUACAUCCACCGUGGAGUUUACCACUGACAUGGGGGGAGCCCCUGAGCCCCCUGUCAAUGUCCAGGUUGAGUCGGGACCAAAGGAUGGGUCUAUUCUACUGACCUGGCUGCCCGUUACCAUAGACAUAGCUGGAUUCUCCAACGGUGCUCUUGUUGCUGGGUACAGUGUGUACGCGGACGGCAAGAAAGUCAAGCAUAUUUCUGGUGCUACAAAUGAUCACUCCAUCUUGGCCCUGGAUGACUUUGCAGGCCAAGCCCCAAAGGAGCUGUACGUUGUCACGGUAACUCAAGGAAAGAUUGAGUCGGAAAUGUCAGAGGUUGUCCGUCUGCCGGCUAAUCUUGUGCAGGAGUUGACCAAUGGGGCGGCAAAACCGUUUUCUGACAGUCCAAGCAGGACACAUGAGAAAUCACCUAUAAACACACAAGACCCUUUGGAAAAGAUAGACCAGGCAUUUGACAAGCUUAACCAGGUCUACGAGCAGCAGCCAAUAUCACUACAGCCAACAACUACCAAUUUCCAAGAACCGUUCUAUGACAGUAGUUGCUCUGAACUGUCAGAUAUUCCGGAGGUUGAGGAGCCAUCCUCUCCAGAAUCGGCCAAUGAAAACCCUCCUCUCAAAGAUACUUUGAAAUCAUUGGUCAAUGGCAUUUCAAAUCUGUCCAAUGACAGUUUAGACUUUGAGGAAAUAUACCAAAGAAAUCUUACUCAGGAGCAGAUAGCUGAGAAUUCUGGGACCAAGUCUCCAUUAGCAACUAGUCAGGCCACACCCAAGAAGUCCCAGCCCAAAGGUGAAACAGGUCCCACACAGCAAAUGUUACCGCAAAUUGAAAUAACCCAAGAGAGCAGUGUAGCGAGAGACCAUAAGGAAUAUAGUGCCACCAAUGAUAAAGUGUUUGCAAAAUCUGACUCCAAGGGGAGCUCUAAAUCCCCAAAUCAUGAAACAAAAACAGUGAAAGACAAGUAUAGUUCCCAUAUGGAUAAUCGUGAUGGAUAUCGGGAAAAUGUGAAUAGCCGAACACAUGGCGAUGAUUAUGAUAUUACAGACAGGGGAAGUUUAGACCGUAUUAGUGCCAGUCAGAGCGAGCCUCAUUCUGAUCAUAGACAUACCAAGAGUGUGAGCCCGUCACGUAACAGUAACAGCCCACGGGCUCAAGAAAGUCCUCGGACUCGGGAAAGCCCUCGAGAGCGUCAAGAUCACAGUCCGCAAGAUCGGAGAAAAGAUGGUGUCAGUCCUCGAUCAAAGGGCAGACAAUCCGCCAAAAGUCCAGUGCCUAGUCCUUCCCAGUCGAAAUCAAAUAAGCCAUCAUCUGGUUACCAAGGUGAAACAGAAACCUUAGAGCUUUCAAAAAUAUCCUCCAUCGAGAAGGAAGGGGAUAUUUCAAACUUUCCAGAGUCAGACGACGAUUCAAUCACGGGGGAGAUAAAUCCUCCUGUUGACGACAGCCGGAUAAGAUUAUUUGUUGCUUUGUUCGAUUAUGACCCGGAAUCGAUGUCACCGAAUCAAGACUCUUUAGAGGAAGAGCUGCCUUUUAGGGAGGGCCAGAUUAUUAAAAUAUAUGGUGACAAAGACGCAGACGGAUUUUACCGUGGUGAGUGUGCAGGACGUAUCGGCUACAUCCCAUGUAACAUGGUGUCCGAGAUCCAGGUCGACGACCCUGAACUCGAGGAACAACUCAUGCGAGAGGUCCAGGAAAACGGAUCCUUGGCGAACUCAGCUAUAUCCGAACAGUUGUCAACAUCAGACAAGUACCUAAAACCUAUCACAUCUAACGGUGUACAUUUGAGCCCGACGGAUAUGCCUGCAGCUGUGGGUGAAGUCACUGUACGAAGGACGAUCGCCAUGUAUGAUUACGACCCCCAGGAACUUUCGCCUAAUGUUGACGCUGAGGUUGAAUUGUCUUUCAAAGCAGGAGAUAUUAUCAUCUGCUAUGGGGAGAUGGAUGAUGAUGGUUUCUUCAUGGGAGAUAUAAAUGGGCGACGCGGGCUGGUACCCUCAAACUUUUUACAGGAAACCGGGGCCUCAGACGAAGAGGCUCUCGAUUCAGUGAGCGUCGUAACACCCGCAAGGUCAGGCGAAAGUAUCAACACUUCUGAUUCGAGAAAGUCCGAACAAUCUGAGAAAAAUGAUUCUAAACAGCACUACCCUCAACAACAACAACAGCAGCAGCACCAGUCAGCGCGUGCUAGCCCAGGGACGGGUGAUUCCCCAACAGGCGUGGCAAACACCGGACUGGAUCAAGUAACAGAAGACAUCGACGACGAUUUUGGAAUGUCUCGUCCCCGCUCGCUGACGCCCGACGAGCUAAAACAGAAAAAGAAAAGCGGAGGAUUUUUUUCAAAGGGGAAAAACAUUUUUAAGAAGUUUACGAGAUAGCAAGCAAAAAAUGACAAAAACAACAACAACGAUAAAGGUGCUUUUUUGGUCACAUAGUUUACCCAUGACUAGCUUAGACUGAAAAAUUGGCAACUGAUAAUUUCUAACAGGGGAAAGAACUUCUACAAAUGUUCUGUAUAGUAAAUAAUGAAAGAAGAGAAUAAGAAUGGGUAUUGUUACCAUUACAAGUUGAAUUUAAAAAUAAUAUAUUCUUCAUAUUUGAGGUCAUUGCAUUUGGAAUUUUUAUUAGAAGUGAGUGAAGCUGAUAUAUAUGCGUAAGAAAAGUAAAAACAGUGAUAUUAGGUUGUUGGUACCCCUUAGAUGAAUGGUGAUAAAAUGCAUGCUAAAUUAUUUUAAAUAUUGCAAAAGUAUGUUCUAGACACAAGCUAAUAUUAUAUUGCAAAUAAUCCAGAGGCGAAAAAAUUCCUGUCGUUUGACCCAAGUUGAUUGCAAAUAAUCUUAAGACAAAAGAUUUCCUGUCUUGUGACCAUGUUGAUUACAAACAAGCUGAUUGCAAAUAAUCUCAAGAGAAAAUGUUUCCUGUCUUGUGACCCAAUUUAAUUACAAAUAAUCUAUAAACAAAAUGUUUCCUGUCUUGUGACUAAGUCAGGUGUGAAACAUUCCUUCUAUGUGACAGUAUUUUGAUGCAUUGUAAUUUUUCACGAUGUUAUGUAACGUUAUGUGCCAGUAGAUCUGAACUCUUCAAAUUGUGUUGUUUCAUUGUUCUGCAUUUAUUUUGUUGUUUUGCCGACCAAUUUAGAUAUUACAUUUAUAUAAAGUUGAGAUCGUUAAGUGUUAAAUAUGUUUGUUAAAAAAAGAAAGCGACCUGUGACACUCUUUAUAUCUUGUCUUUUGAAUAGAUUUAUGAAAUUUGUUUCCUAAGCUGAAAGUGUAAGUAAAAAAAAUUGACAUCCGUUCUAAAAAAAAACUUAAAAAAAAUUGAUUCAGUUAAAAAAUAUUUUUAAUUGUAUAUUAGACUUAGUUUUUUUUUUUACAAUGAUAAAGAUCGAAGAAGUGCUAUAGUAUCAUCUCAUAUAUUUUGUCAGUAAUAUAAAGUUUAUGAAUAAUAAAUCUUUUUGCCAUAAAAUCAUGUAACUAUAGCUUUUUGCUUAGUAAGCGUUAUAUAAUAUUAUUCUAAUUAUUAUAUUAUACGGUUUAUUAUAGAAUUUUUGUCAAAGACUAGUGAAGUUUGCAUUUUUUCUCUCCAGAUUUUUGUUAGAUUUGGGGCAAUGUUUUUGAUAGAAUAUUUGUCUACAUGGAAACUGUGAUAUAUCCGGCCGUUGUUAAAAAAACCCUGUUUGCAGUGGCUCUGGCAAAAUUUAUUAUAGUUGGUAGUUCUGAAGAAACUGUCUUUGUCCAAGACUUUGUGUUUAAUGAAGGAUAUAUUCGUUUUUCGUGCAUUUUACAAUAUGUAUGCUUUGUUGCUAUUUUAAAAUCUAUGAAGAUCUUAACACGUCUUUGAAAAUUUUCAAAAACUGUGUCCGUCUGCAUGAACGCUUAAUAAAUAUAAGUAUUUUCAUUUUUCUCUUCUUUUAUUUUAUUAUUCUAAAGUAAUGAUGUAAUAUAUUUCAGGUCAAAUAAGGGAAAUAAAUCUGAUAUCUGCAUUUAACAUAUUUGAAAAGGAAUGAUGGAUAUUCCAAAUGUUGUUAACCAUUUGUCAAAUGACAUGGCUUUUGUCCAAUCAGAGUGAAGCAAUAAAAUAAGAAACGACAUCAUAUUAUGCCACUCGGUUCUUUUUGCACGGUUCAUGCAAAAUGUACAUUGUUUUUAUUUUUACUGUAGAAAAGACAUGGGCAAUGUAAAUAUUUAACAUUAAUGAGAGAACCUACAAAUCCCGUUCGGGCCACUGCAAACAAGCGAUGUUUUAAUGAUAGCCACGUUAGUUUUAGUUAGUCUGCAACCCCUUUGUCUUAUUGUAUUUAACAUUCCCUCCAAAAUGUGUACAGAUGUUUAAUAUAUUACGUUUCCAUCGAUAUGGUUGUGUUAAAGUUUUUGUGACAUAUUUUAUAACUUUAAGCAUUAUGUGUAGCUUAAUAAUUUGGUUUAUGUACGUUACCGCUAGGUCUGAGAGUUACUGCAUAGAAAUGAAGGUCCAUAAAGAUUUGUAAUUGUAUGAUGGUAUAUACGGGUAAUAUACCAAUAAAUGUAAUGAUUUUUUGCCCAUUCACACACCACUGAGAAAAAAAGUAAUAGAGAAAAAAGUGUAACUUCUUUUGCGAAUUCAAAAUAUUUUUGUAGAUGUUUCAUUAAUGUUAUGUAAGAUUUAGAUAAAUCUUUAAGUAUAUUCAUGAAUGUCCAACAUCUGAAUAUUUAAAUAAAAAUGUGAGGUUUAAAGAAAAGUAUAAAAUUAUAAAAACAAAUCAUAUGUGGAUGAAUUGUGAUGCAGUAACUUUAAGACUUAUAAAUGCCAAAUGUUGCUGUAUGGAGCAUGUUUAAUCAAAACAUCUUGUUAAGUUUGCUUUAAUAUCAGAUAUAUCUAUGAAUAUUCUGUGAAAAAAUGAGAUAGUCACUUUAAAAAAAAAUCAUAUCUAUAGAUAUUCUGAGAAAAACAAAUUGAUUUAGUCACUUUAAAAAUAUUCAUAUUUAAAGAUAUUCUGAGAAAAAAAUAAAUUGAUGUAUUCACUUAACAUUUAUUAUUGAAUUAUUUGUUCUUGUCUAUGUGGCAAUUGUGGUAGGAUCAUUUUCAGUUUUAAAGACAUUCAGUAUAUUUUAAACUAGAUGUUUACAAAAUAAUUAAUGUAAGUCAGAGCUUUAAGCUUUUUCAGUUUUUUUAGGUGUUUUCUGAAGUCUUUUAGACAUUUUUUUUUAAGUGAAAAUUGUGUUAGAAGCUGUUAAUCUUUUGCUAGUUGAGCGAGUAAGAUUAUUUAUCCUUUUGAAAUAAUGUAUUCUGGAUGGCAUUUAGAAUAUUAAGCAUUAUGUAUUCGAAACAAGAAAAUUACACAUUCCUAUUAUUUGCAUUUCAUUGUAGUAUUUAAGCAAGUGACCCGUGUUUUUGUCUGUUUGUACAUUUAAUCUUGUAAUGUUUUGUAUUGAAUGCUUAUUUAAGCAUUGCAGAAAAUAAUAAAUUAUUUUC